AUGAGCGAUGGAGGAGGUGGCGAGAGUUCAAAAGAUAUCGAAUCAGCUUUGAAGAAGAGAAGGAAAAACGAUGAAUUUCCCCAGGCGAUUGCGAGAAUUGCAGUGGCUCAAGUAUGUGAGAGUGUAGGGUUUCAAGGUUUCCAGCAGUCUGCACUUGAUACAUUCUCUGAUGUGGCCUGCAAAUAUAUCCGUGAGAUAGGGAAGACAUCAAAUUUCUACGCUAAUUUAGCUGGUAGAACAGAAUGUAAUGUGUUUGAUAUAAUUCAAGGGUUGGAAGAUUUGAGUCUCUCACAAGGGUUUCUAGGAGCUUCCGAUAGAGAUCAUUGUUUAUCAGGAUCUGUAAUCAAAGAACGAAAGUUAACACCAAGUUUCUUGCAAUCUGGAGAAACACCCCCAACAGACAUCAUCCCUCCUUGGUUACCUAAAUUCCCUGAUUCCAACACAUAUAUUAGCAUCCCUCCAGCCAUUACUGAAGAAACUCGAAUGAUCCCUAAUAGAGUUGAGCAAGAACAGAGGAUCCUUGAGCAACCAUCUUCAAAAUUGGAGCAAAAUUUGACACGUAAUGAAUCUGAAUUCCCAAACAACCCUUUCCUUUCUGUACCUCUACAACCUGGGGAGAAGGAGGUUUCUUUUGUUUCAAUUCCUAGUAAACUUAAAGAAGAAGAUGAGAAUGAGGUACAAAAUCACAGCUCAUGGGGGAAUCAUGUUUCUUCAUUGGAUAUUGUUCUACCAAAUCAGGCAGUUAAUCAAAACAGUGGUUGUGAUACAGAAGAAGGUAGCAGAAAAGUUCUUUUGAACAAUAGACCCUCAGUGCAAAUGAAGUUUCACAUUCCCAAAGAGCCCUUGGAUACUGCACACACACAACACAAUGAGAAAGGAAAAGCAGAAGUCGUGUCUUGGUUUGUGAAUGAUGAGAAAGAAAAGAUAACAACAGAGAAACUUCUGAAAGAACAACAACCAAUGGAUAUUGAAGAGCAUAAUGGAAAUGAUUCAGUUGUAAAUUAG